UUUUUUUUUUCUUUUUUCUCUUAUUUCACUAUGACAAGCCAAGAUUAUAAAUUUGAAUUCUUAAACUUAACUUGCAAUAGCCAUCAUCAAGAGGAAGAAGAGAAAACUUUUUCUUCUACACAUGAUCUUGCAGAAAUGAUGCUUUAUGCAUUUGUGGAUAAUACACCUUCUGUUGCUGACUUACUUUGGUCUAAACAACUGCUUCAACAAGAUGAUUUCUUAAAGCUUACUCCUGAUAACCAAGAAUGGGAUGAAGAACAAGUCAUUACCUUUUCUACCCAUGAACCUUUCAAUACAUAAUAAAUAUCUUCAUAAAGUAUCAAUUAUAUAUAGUUGUGAUUGGCUGAAUCAAAAAAUAAAAAAUAAAAAAUAAAAAA